AUGUAUGGGAUAGGUAAGGAGAUCAAAGAAUUGACGAACAGACUCGAUGAAAUCUGUCGAAAUCAGGAAGUUUUCAAGAUUAGAAAUAUCGAAGGUGCUGGGGAAGGAUCAAGUAGCAUGAAUGAGAGAUUUAAGCAAAUACGAAGGACAACACCUUAUGAAGACGACCAACAUGUUGUGGGCUUCACCGAGGAUGUUAAGUUACUGACAUCUGAACUUCUCCAAGAAACGCCCCAUCAACGUGUGAUUUCGAUUGUGGGCAUGGGCGGUUUGGGUAAGACAACCUUAGCUCGAAAACUUUACAACUCUAGCAGUGUUGGAGAUAAAUUUGAAUGUAAAGGUUGGGUUUCUGUAUCCAAGGAUUACAACAUCCAGGAUCUUCUUCGACGAACAAUAAAAUCUUUCAAGACGUCCACCAAAGAUGAAUUGGAGAAGUUGGAAAAGAUGGAAAAAGAAGAUUUGGAGCGCCACUUACAUGUGUUGUUGAAAGAAAGUCGAUACCUGGUCGUGAUUGACGAUGUAUGGGAUACAGAUGCUUGGGCAAGCUUGAGGAGAGCCCUCCUAGACAACAAGAAAGGAAGUAGAGUAAUUAUCACCACUCGUAUCAAACUUGUUGCCGAGAGUUCUGGUAGGAGAAAAUAUGUUCAUGAGCUUCCAUUUCUACAACCAGAAGAAAGUUGGGAAUUAUUUUGUAAGAUAGUAGUGUUUCCGGACUAUGAUGGGGUCGAUGAUAAAACAAAUCGUUGCCCUCCAAGCUUGGAGGAAUUGGCAAGAGAUAUGGUCAGAAAAUGCCAGGGCUUACCCCUGGCCAUAGUCGUCUUGGGUGGGCUAUUGUCAAGAAAACAUCCCGAUGAGUGGCCCAAGUUGCAGGGUCGCUUCUGGCGGCAUGUAAGCGGUGACGACUUUGAAAGCGAUGACUCGGCUCAUGUUACACAAAUAUUGGCUUUAAGUUUCACCGAUUUGCCUCAUCACUUGAAGCCGUGCUUUCUUUACUUGGGGUUGUUCCCUGAAGAUUUUGAAAUUGAUGCAGAUGGACUUAUACGGUUAUGGGUGGCAGAAGGUUUCAUACAACAAGCCGCAGGAGAAACUUUAGAGGAGAGAGCUACAGAAUAUCUAAAUGAGCUGAUUGAUAGAAAUUUGAUUCAAGUGGCUCAAAGAAACUGGAUGAGAAUUAGAAGAUGCCGAGUUCAUGAUCUUCUUCGGGAUUUUGCAAUUGAAAAGUCGAAGGAGUUAAAUUUCCUUCAUAUCUAUGAUGGAAAUGCUUAUUCCACACCCUCUCCCUGCAAACAUCGAAGACUAGCUUCUCAUAGCUGUGGACUAAAAAGGUUUGCUUCCUUUGAUCAGUCAUCAAAUUUGCAUUUACGAACCCUUUUGUUCUUCAACUUGAAAAAUGAAUCCGCCGAAAUAGGGGAGUUACAAUUUCUGUACAAAAAAUUGAGAUUGUUGAGAGUGUUAGAUCUUGAGGAAAUUAGAUUCAAUCAUUCCCAAGAAGAAACAGAGCAUGUAAGCUUACUUGAUGCAAUAGAGAAGUUGAUUCACUUGAGGUAA